AUGAGGACGCUCCUGACCAUCCUGGUGGUGGGAUCCCUGGCCGCUCACGUUGCUGAGGAUGCCUCUGAUCUUCUUCAACACGUGAAAUUCCAGUCCAACAACUUUGAAAACAUCCUGACGUGGGACGGCGGGACAGACAGCACCCUCGGCACCGUCUACAGCGUGGAAUAUAAGAAGUACGGGGACAUCGCGUGGCUGCCAAAGGCAGGCUGCCAGGGGAUCACACGGAAAUCCUGCAACCUGACCAUGGAGACGGGCAACCACACUGAGUUCUACUAUGCCAGGGUUACGGCCAUCAGCCCUGGAGGCCGGUCGGCCACCAAGAUGACCGACCGGUUCAGCUCUCUGCCACACACUACCAUCAAACCACCUGAUGUGACCUGUAUCCCCAAAGUGAGAUCCAUUCAGAUGAUUAUCCAUCCCACCCCCACGCCCAUCCGUGCAGGAGAUGGCCACCAGCAAACCCUGGAGGAGAUGUUCCCAGACCUGUUCUACCGUGUGGAGCUCCACAUCAACCACACCUACAAAAUGCACCUGGAAGGACAGCAGAGAGAAUACGAGUUCUCUGGCCUGACCCCGGACACCCAGUUCCUGGGGACCACCAUGAUUCUGAUUCCCACCUGGUCCAAGGAGAGCGCCCCCUAUGUGUGCCGCGUGAAGACGCUGCCAGACCGGACGUGGGCCUACUCCUUCUCGGGGGCCGUCCUCUUCUCCAUGGGCUUCUUGGUGGCCAUGCUCUGCUACCUGAGCUACAGAUACGUCACCAAGCUGCCGGUGCCUCCCAACUCCCUGAACGUCCAGCGCGUCCUGACCUUCCAGCCGCUGCGGUUCAUCCAGGAGCACGUGCUGGUCCCCGUCUUUGAGCUCGGCGGGCCCAGCGGCCUGUCCCAGCCCGUCCAGUACUCCCAGGUCGUGGUCUCGGGGCCCAGGGAGCCCCCAGGAGCCGCCCAGCUGCACGGCCUCCCCGAGAUCUCCUACUUAGGGCAGCCAGACAUCUCCGUCCUCCAGCCCCGCCACGCGUCACCUCGCCAGACUGUCUCCCCACCGUCCUGCACCCCGAAGGCCACCCCUGAGGUCGGGCCCCCGGCCUACACACCUCAGGUGGCCUCUGAAGCUAAAGCCCCGAGCUACGCUCCGCAGGCCACCACCAAGGCCCAGCCGCUCCCCUACACCCCCCAGGCCUCCCUGGACAGCUUGGCUGCUUCCUACGGGGUGUGCGUGGACAGCUCUGGAAAAGACUCCCCCUCGGGCACACUCUCGGGGCCCAAGCACCUCAGGCCCAAGGGGCAGCUCCAGAAAGAGGAGCCAGCUGGGAGCUGCCUUCCAGGUGACUUGUCUCUGCAGGGGGUGGCCUCCAUGGCCCUGGAGGAGCUCUGUGUGGACGGAGCACCCGGCCUGAACGGGGAGCCGGGGACACYGCAGUACCUGGGGGGCCAGCUGUCCCUCCUCUCCUCCGUCCAGAUCGAAGGCCACCCCGGGUCCCUCUCUUUGCACACUCCUGCCCUCUCCUGCUCCCCCUCAGACCAGGAGCCAAGUCCCUGGGGCCUGCUGGAGUCCCUGGUGUGUCCCAAGGAUGAGGGUCUGGUGUCCAAGGCUGAGGCCAAGAGCCCAGCCCCUGGGGCCUCAGAGCUGGAGCCGCCCACGGAGCCGGGCUCRCUGUUCAAGGAGCUGGCCCUGACCGUGCAGUGGGAGUCCUGA